AUGGGUAUCUGCAAGGGCAAGAUCACGGUUGAGGACAAUGCCAUUACAUCGGCUGUUCAUCUGACCUUGCGGCAGUCUUUGCUUCCAAAUGCAUUGGUUAUGAUUCUUUUCUUCUUGUGGGGCUUUGCGUAUGGACUGUUGGAUGUUUUGAACUCGCAUUUCCAGACUACCCUUAAUAUCACUGCUAGCAAGUCUAGCGGCUUGCAGGCUUCAUACUUCGGCGCUUACUUUAUCUGUCCGUUGACCAUUUCUGGCUGGAUUGCUCGCAAGUAUGGAUUUAGAGUCACAUUCAUGACAGGCCUGGCUGUGCUCGCUGUCGGAUGUCUCCUCUUUUGGCCCAGCGGCGUGAAAAAGUCAUUUGGAGGAUUUUGUGGCAGCAUGUUUGUCGUCGGUGCCGGUCUGUCGACGCUAGAGACAGCAGCCGAUCCCUUCCUCUCGAUCUGCGGACCCCCAAAAUACAGCGAGAUCCGUCUGAACCUGGGACAAGCCGUUCAGGGUGUGGGAACCUUCGUCGCACCACUUCUCGCCUCUCGAGUCUUCUUUGCCAAUACCGUGGACGAUAACGCCGGACUGAAGAACGUCCAAUGGACAUACCUUGGAGUGGCAUGCUUUGUCGCUCUGUUGAUCAUCCUCUUUUGGCUCGCACCUUUCCCUGAGAUCACAGAUGCUGACCAGGAAGCGUUGGAGGGACAAAUAUUUGAUCAUGGUGAGGACACUGGCCCAUUCAAGAGGCAGUACAACCUCUUCUUCGGUGUUUGGAGUCAGUUCUGUUAUGUUGGUGCUCAGGUAGCUGUUGCUGGCUACUUCAUCAACUUCUGUAAAGAAGCUGGCAAAUCAUCUGCAGAAUCAGCCGACUUGCUUGCCAUUGCACAGGGUCUCUAUGCUUUCAACCGUUUCAUCGCCACUGGCUUGAUGAUGAUGAAGGCUUUCAAGCCACGAUAUAUGCUGACAGUAUACUUGGCGCUGUGUGUCGUCUUUUCCAUUGCUGCGAUGACCACUAAGGGUUACUCAUCAGUGGCAAUGAUUAUUCUUGUGCUAUGCUUUGAGUCUUGCUGCUUUGCGACAAUCUUCUCACUUGCCCUUCGUGGCCUUGGACGUCACACUAAGCGCGGUGGUUCUCUGCUCGUCGCUGCAAUUUCCGGCGGCAUGGUCUUCCCACCCAUGAUGGGAGCUAUUGUGACAAACAAAAACGCUCACAUUGCCAUGGCGAUUCCUAUGAUGGGUUAUAUCCUCGCAAUGGUCUUUCCGAUUUAUGUCAACCUCUACAAAAGGGAUGUGAUGGAUAGCCAUCGGAAUACUGAGCUCAACGUGACGAUUCAGGUUGGUAAGGAUGUCGAGCUCGAGGAAGGAGGUCAGCAGAAACCUACUGCUGCAACUAUUGAGACGGUUGAAGAUGAGACGAGGCCAAACGCUUGA